AGGAGGAAGUGGAGGCGGUUGCGAAUAGCGGGCAAAUGGGGAGCUGAGCGGCUGCAGCAGCACCGCGCAGCAGCAGCAGCACCACCAGCAGCAGCAGCAGCAGCGGAGCUGAGCUGAGCCGAGCCGAGUCGAGCCGAGCCGGCGGCGGGGUUCGUGCAGGCGGGCCGUCGCUCCGCGGACGCCGAGUGCGAGCAGCAGCAGCAGCAGCAGCCGCCGGGGCGCCCGGGAGCAGCGCGCCCGGCACCAUGCAGACCUUCCUCAAGGGGAAGCGGGUGGGCUACUGGCUGAGCGAGAAGAAGAUCAGGAAGCUCAAUUUCCAGGCCUUCGCCGAGCUCUGCCGGAAAAGAGGAGUAGAAGUAGUACAGCUUGACCUCACCAAACCCAUUGAAGACCAGGGCCCUUUGGAUGUGAUCAUACAUAAACUGACGGACGUCAUCCUUGAAGCAGACCAGAAUGACAGCCAGUCACUGGAGUUGGUGCAAAGGUUCCAGGAGUAUAUUGAUGCUCAUCCAGAAACCAUUAUCCUGGACCCUCUUCCGGCUAUUCGGACACUUCUGGACCGAUCCAAGUCUUAUGAGCUCAUUCGGCAAAUAGAGGCGUACAUGCAAGAUGAGAGGAUCUGUUCACCACCCUUCAUGGAGCUGACAAGUGCCUGUGGAGAAGAUACCUUGCAGCUUAUAGAGAAGAAUGGACUGGCAUUCCCUUUCAUUUGUAAAACCAGAGUGGCUCAUGGAACCAACUCUCAUGAGAUGGCGAUCAUCUUCAACCAGGAGGGCCUGAAGGCUGUCCGCCCCCCUUGUGUCAUUCAGAGCUUCAUCAAUCACAACGCUGUGCUGUAUAAAGUGUUUGUGGUCGGGGAAUCCUACACCGUGGUGAAGAGACCAUCUUUGAAAAACUUCUCUGCUGGAAUCUCAGACAGAGAAUCGAUAUUUUUCAACAGCCACAAUGUCUCAAAGCCAGAAUCAUCAUCUGUCUUAACAGCACUGGAUAAAAUCGAAGGAGUAUUUGAGCGGCCAAAUGACGACGUCAUCCGGGAAAUCUCUAAGGCACUGCGGCAAGCUCUGGGAGUUUCCCUCUUUGGAAUUGAUAUCAUCAUUAACAAUCAGACCGGGCAGCAUGCAGUCAUUGAUAUAAAUGCAUUCCCAGGUUAUGAGGGCGUUUCGGAAUUUUUCACAGAUCUCCUGAACCACAUAGCUGCUGUCCUGCAGGGUCAGGCACCCGAGGUGACCCAGCUAAACCGCAGCAAGCUCCUGGCUGAGCAGACCGGCGGGAUCAUGGACGAGCGGAUAUGCUGCGCAGGCACGGGCUGCCUCAGCGUCAUGGGAAAAGACUCCUCCUGGAUUGUGGAAAGCGAGACCAACAGCUCAGUAAAACUGCAACACCAGAGACUAGGCUGCAACUCGGCAGUGUCCCCCAGCUUCCAGCAGCACUGCGUCGCUACGUUGGCGACAAAAGCUUCCUCCCAAUAACUUGCCAAUGCCAUGGACUGAGGAGAAGCCGCAGGGAUACAAAUUGUGGUCCCAGAACCAGAUCAGGCUGUAACAGUACAAUUGUGAAAAAAGGAAAACAAAACACAACACAAAAAAAGCAAAAUAAUUCAAAAAAAACCAACAAUUUCCAUUUGAUUUAACCUGAUUUGCUGAUGAAAUGGACUGAGAGGGGGAGGGUGGGAAAGUGAUUCAGAUCCAUUUCAUCAGAUUCCAGUUGCAAAUCUGUAGUGAGUUUACACACAUGUGGGUUUUAACACUAGACCUUUCAUUGUGGGAGGGUUGCUCUUUCGUUUCUAUUGUUCUUUGUAAUCACUGGUGACCAGCAUUUUAAAAUCGGACCUCAUGGUAUCAAGAAGAUAAUAAUGUUGAAAGGAAUGUAUGAAUGUAACAGUGCUAGAGAUUUUUGCCUAAAAUGCUCCCCAUUCCCCUUUUCUAGGUAGGCCAUUGCAAAAGAAAGCUGAGACAGCUUCAGUGUCACUAAACCAAAUCUCCUGAAACUUUGUCGAGGUGUUGCCAGGUAGCUUGCCGUGAGCCGCGGCACUCGGAGUGGGGCUGAGCGGACGGGUUGUUGGUUGUUCAGGGUGCACGACUGACGGGGCCAGCCCGGUUCCAGCUCCCCAGCUUUCCCCCCAGGCCUCACGGCUUCAGUCAAUAGCAGCUUCUAGCUACACUUGCCAACUGUGAGGUGUGUCCAGGCAGGCUGGAGUCUGAAAAAAGGGGUGCAGAUAGUUAGGUUGAGUGAUUUAGUUGAUUAAAUAUCCUCCUUUCAAUCGUUCGCUAGCAGUGAAAUCCUAGAAGAGCAGCUCAUCUCUUAGCAGAGCGUUUAAUUCUCCCUCGUGCACUUGGGAGGGCUCCGGGACAGCUCUGCCAGCAGGCUGCCAAACAGAGCCACGCGCUUUCCUUGGAGCAGCACGCCUGGUCUGUGGAUCCGAAGGGGUAACACAGUCGCUGCCUUUUUUUUUCUUUUGCAAGGUAAACGUGAGCAGAACUGUGUACCUUUGUAUGAGAUGGCAGGAUGUGACAGUCCUAGCUUAGGGACCGCGUCCUUGUGUUGCAAGCUGCCAGGUGAUGGUUGCCAGAUGAGGCUGUGUGGUAAUUUGCAGGAGUGCUUUGUGCUAUGUGGAUGCUAUAGCACAGCCUCAUUGUAUCUCUUGAGAUGUGCAGUAAACCUACAGUGUUUCCUCCUGUUGCACCUUCCAGCAUGGCAGCAUCUUCUGCUGCUGAGAAUUGCGGCAGCUUUUGCCAAUUCCGAACACUAAACUGGAAGUAUCCGAGUCUGUCAGUGCUGAGAACGUAGACACUAUUUUGGUAGACUAAGUGGCCUGUCCUUCCCUCUACAAGCCCUAAAAUACGUCUGAGAGGGGUGGUGUUAAGAAAAUGUCCUUAGUUCAGCUCCUAGCUUACAGAUAUGGUAAUCUACAUCUUUCUAUAGCAGGUAUUUGAAAAGCACCCAUCACUGCAGCAUUUAAUACCACUUUGUUCAGUGUCAUGUAUUAGAUGCCUGCUCAGAAGGAAAGGACCUAGAGUUUGAAGCCUGGGUAGACCACAGAGAGAGGAGUAAACUGUGUAAAGAAGUCACCACCCUACCUGCUGGUACCAGUCCUGGAGGGGAUAAAAUUGUGACGAGUGUUGUGUAGCAAUUACUUUGUGCAAACUGGAUUUUCCCUGGGUGAGAUUGGGUUUGUUCCCCAAGUGCCAUUCUAGGGAAAUUUCUGUAGCCAGGACUGGAUUUCUGUGGGUGAUCUGCACAAGAGAUUAUUCCACUGCCAGAGGGGUUACUAAGUUUCAGAUGUUCCUAUAAGGACUAGGAGGACCUUGUCAGCGUGGUAUCUGUCGGAUCCCAGGGUGCACAUAACUACAGCCCGCUCCUAGGCUGCUGCAGAUCAGUCGUGAGCCGGGCGCCCCUCCCAACCCUUGUGUGCUUCGAGGCUGCUGAACCCCGCGUUGACUGCAGCUUGCAGGUCUGGGUGCUGGUGGCGUGCAUGAGUCAGGUAGAUGUACAUAGGUAAGGGUUUGUACAAGUAUUCCUGAUAGACCAAACCUUUCGUAAAGCCAUGACUGAAAUAAAAUCGACAUCGACAGUUUGGGGUUUGUUUUUGUUUGUUUGAAAUAAAAAGUGUUUUUAUGUUACGUGUGUAACAAAAGAUACCCUCAGGAAGGAACUUGCCAGUGCUUAUUUUUGUAUGGUACUUUCUUGUAACCAGCUGGUGGAGUGUUUGUAGACUUGCCUUUUGCUCCCUUUAUUACAAUGGCUUGGGGUUGGGCUUUUUUUUUGUUUUGAUUUGUUUUGUUUUUGUUUUUAAUUGGGUGGUGGGGAAGAAGUGAUGAUGUUAAAACUGGGUUAGUAACUCAAGACCUUUCAAACCAAGUAUGUUUACAUGAAUCUGAGCGUCGGAUCCAAUUGAAAUGUCUGUAUGCUGUUUCCUAGUUAGAACAUCAAAUAAGAAUUUUAUUUUCCUGGCUGCCUUCUGAAUUUUGGUUGGCCUAUUUUGCACUGCUUUAUUUCUCCAAAAUAAACUACUGAAAUAUAAUUGUGCAUUUUAAACUUGUUUACAAAUGAUUGUUAAAAGUUUAUUUUGUAAUUCUCUGAAGGCUUACAGAAAUGCUAUAUUUAAAUAUUACUCCGGACCUUGGCUGUAAUUAGAAAACAAGUUUAGGUCAUUGGUGUGAUCAGUGACAUUUUUCCCAUAGUCUGUAAUUUAUUUUUUAUUUAUCAAAUGUAUUGGUAUCACUUUAAUUUACCAGGUGCAAAUAUGCAGGUACCUGUUGUGAUGUGGCAUUACAAUAGAGUUGUCUCAUAAAUUACCAUGCGAUUGCUGUACUACUCUAUUUCCUUGCAGAAAUUAUUGUUAUGGCUCGUAUACUAGAUUGUUGCUGAAUCACAUGGGCAGAUAGGGAGACCAACUUUUAAAAGCCAAAACUGUAAAUUACCAGGUGUUCAGAUGUACAAUUACAUUACUGCAAAACAUUCGAGCAUGCAUAUGUUAUUAAGCCUGUGCUAAAGUGCUUUUCUGAAUUGCUGCCUCAUUUGAUAAGUUCAGGAUAGUUUUGAUUUACGAUAAGCUUCAGAGUAAGUUGGUUAAUGUUCUGUAGUCUCUUCUUUUCCUUCUUUCUUUUUGUAAAAGUGAGGACGUGUAGUAAUAUUAGACCUUAUCAGAAUGCCCUUGCUCUUAAAAUUGCAGACAAUCUGAGGGAGAUUUUCCGUAACGUCUGUUUGAACUCUGUUAUUGUGGGUUAGAAAGGGUUCUGCUGUGUUUUCAGAGGCAUAGUUAUUAUUGCUGUGUUGAUUGGAGCAAUUGUGUUAAAAUUACAUAGUCACCAGUUAGCUUCUUACGGAUCUAUUUCUGUUCUGCUUCACUGUUAUAAAUCCACAAAAACACCAUUACCUUGACUGGAACUUCUCCAGGCUUUAUGUCAGUGUGAGGGAGGAGAUUGGACUGUGCUUUCCGCUCUAAUUAUGUGCUUGGCUUCAGUAGAUGGAGAUUUUUCCUGAUUGAAGAGAACUUGAAUGGUGUCAUUAGUGCCCGUGGCACAAAGCCAUCGCCAUCAUCCUCCCUCUGUAGCUGUCUUUGCCAUGUUAUGGUCGGGUUUGCAAUGACGGCACCAGGACGUUCAGAUCCUUACAGAAAGCUCAGCUGCAGAAACGUGAGUGUCGGUGUUGACGCCUGGGGUUCGUGUAACACACCCACCGCCCGGUCCAUGCUUUUCUGCCUUGGCUAACCACGUGCCUGGCUAUUCCAGGCUCCGUGUGUAGCUGCCUGUUGACUGGGCCGGCUGGUGGAUGAGGUGUGCUGCUUUUGUUAAUACUCUUCGGACUGUUGGAAUGAGAAAAUUGACUAACGAUCCCCAUUUGAAAUGUGUCAGUGUCUGCACAGAGGUCUGCAGCAGGUUGCUCAGAUGGAGAACCACCAGCUUAAUUUGCUGUCCUAACAGAUGGAUACGAACCGAGAACCUCACCCUGUGGCUUCAGGAGGAGCUGAGAGUAAUGAGGAUGGCUCGAGAUACGGCCUAAAGCUCUCCUGUUAACCACAGGCCGUGUCCAGCCAGGGAGCAGUGUAGAUAAAAGUGGCAGGACACAGUCCAAAGGCAACAGAGCAAAGGUGGCCAGAGGUGUUUGAGUUGACUGGCAAGAAUAAUUAAUAAUAAUAAUAGAGCAAAAAAGGAAAAAUGGAAACUUUUGUUUCCCUCCAACAAAAAUAAGUUCCAGGCUUAUCAGUUCUUCGACUAACACUGGUUUCCCAAAGUCUUCGUGUGGCAGCAGUGACAAGUGAGUCAGGCUUUUUCACACUAGCUUACAGCCUUGCCUUCCACAGCCGUGCAGAAAGUCUUGGGGUUUGUAUUUUUUUAGUGAAUAGAGUCUAUUUUGAGUCUGUAGCAGUCUCCCCAUGUGCACACUUGCAGGAGUUCACUUGCAUUACCCUGCUAUUUUUUUUCCCCUCUCUCCUUUUUAGUAAGAGAUGUAUUGAUUUUUGUAAUCAGUAUACAAUUACUUUAUGGUGUUGCAACUGUGUGUUCUGUAAUAGCAGUAUGUGAAAAUGCUUUGUGUAGAUUAAAAUAUUUCCUUUAAUAUAAUCUCCUCUCGCUUUCAUAGAUAAACAGACACACCGUUGCAGAUCACAUUGCUGAUUUUAUUUGUAAUAUUGCUUUAAUAUCUAUUUCAGAGGAUUGUAACCUCCAGAAAAGUACUUUCCACAUCUUCACUACCUUUCCUUUCCCUGUUCACUCUGUGUGGAUCCAGGCCAUCAAAAGUUGAGCUUUUGACUGGGUGAGUUUCACAUCCUGCGUGGAUUCUGUUGUGUUUACAUGGCCACAGAAAUUACUGAAGCUUGUUGAAGUUAGAGAGGAUCCAGGUAUAGAUGGAGGUGUUGGAAUCAUCCCUCAGCAACGCAGGCACAACAAUACCUGUAGCAAGCAAAGGCAGUGAAUUGUUCUCGCUAUGUGUGUGGGGGACUCUUGGGGUCAGGUCCAUCCCUGCUGGUCGUGCAGUUUCCCUGUGGAAGAAAAAAAAAUCAGUGUUAAAAAAUGUGCUGAAGUGGGGCGAGGAGAGGUCGGGUUUGGGGGUGAAGUCCUGGCCAGUGGGCCCUGAUACCAAUACCAAUUGGUACCUGAUACCCUGAUACCAAUAGGCCAGGAUUUCUCUCCACCGGUUUGUGUAACAAUCUGGGGAGACUUUUUCUCUCCACCUUUCUCUCCCCGAACCCACUGGGGCUGACACCAGCAGAUGCCCGUGGGCCAUGAGCUAAAUUGAUGGUGGCCUUGCCCAGCGUGCCGUGAGUUUGCAGAGGGCUCCUGAUGUGUUGUGAAGUUUUUGUUGAUGGCCUGGAAAUCUCUUGAAACUCUAGAAACAGCUGGAACAGUGAACGGAGUUCAUGAAAAUCAGGUCUUCCUCUUCCAUCCUUCUUAAGGAAACCCACAUUUUAUUUCCUCCUUCAUUCUUUACACAGUAGUUUUUAGGUAUAAAUUAUUUUAACAUUUUUGUGUGAAAAGUCAUAUAUACAUAUAUAAAGUUAUUAAAAGGUUGAGUAUAUGUUGAGUAUAAAAUAGUGACUUCUUUGUUUCAGAUGUUAGCAGCCCCUAAAAAUGAGUUGUUUAUCCUCUUGUAAAGUCAGUGCUGUAAAAAAAAAUUAAAAAUAAAAGCUGUAUUAGAUGUAUCUUUUAUUAUUUAUUUCUCAUUCAGUAUGUGAUAUGGCUUGUGUAUACCCUUGUGAGGACGACAUACUAAAAUGCAGUCAUUCUUAAAAUCAAGUGACAGUAAUUCCUUGGGACCUCGGCAGUCCUGAGACAACUGGCCCCUCACACGUGAAUCGUGUUGGAUGUUCUCCUUCACUCGCCAACCGUGCUCCCCACUUAAGCAUGGCUGAAACUUGGGGACCAUUCUUCAUGUGUGCUAGGUGUCACACGGUCAUCAGUAUCUGUGUUCGAAUCCAGCUGUACAGUGUUAACAAGUGUCUUGUGAUUUGCCUCAGUCCUCUUCACUAUGAUUUCUGAAACGUAAUUCCCAUUUUGUACUUAAAUUUGUAUAGAAUGAUAAAAACCCUUAAAAGAUCAUGGCUUACUGUAAAAAACAGAUGUAUUUGCUAUUUGGCGUCUUCAAUUGCAUGACUGAUCAGAUCUGACAAUGAAGAUGGUGCUUUCAUCUAACAGCAAUGAUUUCAAUGGCAAUACAUCCUUUUUUUUUCUUUUUUAUUUUGCCAAGCAUCUGUGAUGGACAAUGUUUUGAUUUCACCAGUAAAGCAAUAUACAGUAGGUAUUGUGGCAUUCUCUCUGUAAUUGUUUUGAAGACAGAACUGUCCCUUUCCAACACGUAAUGAAAAUAAAUGCCUUAUAACAAGUUUU